AUGACCGAUACUAUUGCGUUGGGCGAGCCUGGUGUCCACCUCAUCAAGGAUAAUAUUUCUCUUUAUGAAGACGCAAAGCUUCUAGACCAUGGAAGCAUCAUUGUAUCUGAAAGCUCUGUAACGUGGCGAGGAAACAGCCACCAGUUCUCCCUUCCCUAUCCGAAUAUUUGUCUGCAUGCUAUAAGUCAAAAUCCCUACGGUGGAGCUGAGAAUGUUCGCUUUCCUCAACCGCACCUCUUUAUGAUGGUGGAGGGAGAGCGCGUGUGGUCCACUGGGCAACCUGAAGUUCACGCCAGUGGCGAUGUUGAAAUGGUAGACAACGCAAAUAACCACAACACUGAAAGUGGCAAUUCCAGCGGAUCAGAAGAGAAUGGUGAUAGCGAUUUUGUAAAUGAUGAUGAGCAGCCGACAGCCGUGCUACGCUUUGUUCCUGACGACCAACGUGCCCUGGAGGAAAUGUAUACUGCUAUUGCAGACUGCCAAGCUCUCAAUCCCGACCCUGACGACUUUUCGGAAUCAGAGCUUAACGGCCUUAAUGAACUGGAAGAGGAAGAAAAUGAAUGCGCUGAAGUGGAAGAUGGUCCUGCAAUCGAGGAUGGUGAAAUAGAUCCGGAAAAUUUCACAGAUGCAUAA